AUGUGCUUGGAAGAAGAGGAGGUUGGCUUAGUGGCCUGCACAAUGAGGAGAAUCUGGCUGAGAAGAAACUCAUUCAUCUUUGAGAAGAAGUUUGAGUGCCCGAGGUCACUACUCCUUGCUGCUAAGCAAAACAUGGAUGAUUUCAGAGCAGCAAACGUUAACCUCAAACCUAAUCAUGUGGACACGAGUUUGGUUAGGUGGGAGAAACCUGAUACUAUGGUUUGUAAAGUGAAUUGGGAUGCAGCUCUUGAUGUGAAGAAUAAGAAGGUGGGUAUUGGGGUUAUAAUCAGAGACUCGGAAGGGGAGAUUCUUGCUUGUCUUUGCUCAAUGAUGGAUGCUCACUUGAAGCCUGUUAUGGCUGAGGGACAUGCUCUGAGAAGAGCCAUGAACCUGUCUGGAGUUGCGUCUGUCCAAUGUGAUUUUGGAGGGAGACUCACUGGCAAUUGUAAAGGACACAAAUAG